UUACAACAAAUCAUGGAGGCGCAGUGCUUGGCAAACGUGCGUGCCCGCUGGCGACGUAGGCUCCGGUGGUGGAUGUUCAAUCCCAGGAGGACUUCUGACGACAGAUUGCUCACCCUCCGCAUCCUCCUCGACAUCGAGGCUGAACCCUUUGCGACCCAGGACGCCGCCGCAUUGGACUCUCGCCUCUGGGAACACCUCUAUCUCCUCUUGCGCCGGAACGAUGUCGUGGGCAGGCUUCAAGAAGAAUGUCAACCGGGCAACGACCCAGGUGAUGAUGAAGACGGGUCACGUCGAGAGGACGAACGACCGGGACUACGAAGUGGAGGAGAGGAGAUUCAGAACAAUGGAAUCAGCAGCGAACAGACUGCAGAAGGAAGCGAAGGGGUACCUGGACAGCCUGAGAGCCAUGACAGCAUCCCAGAUGAGAAUAGCCGAGACAAUUGACGCAUUCUACGGAGACGCUGGUACAAGAGAUGGGGUCUCUCGAUCAUACAAGCAGGCAGUCGAAGAUCUAGACGCCGAAACCAUCAAAGCCCUUGACGGCCCAUACAGAACCACUGUCCUCGAACCGAUCUCCCGAUUCUGCGCCUACUUCCCCGAUAUCAAUGAAUGCAUCAAGAAACGAAACAAUAAGCUCCUCGAUUACGACUCCAUGCGAUCAAAGGUCAAGAAGCUGGUAGAGAAACCAGACAAAGAUGUGACCAAACUGCCGCGCGCAGAGAAAGAAGCCGAAAUGGCCAAACAAGCUUACGAGCAACUCAACGAACAACUCUUUACCGAACUCCCACAACUCAUCGACCUCCGUGUUCCUUACUUGGACCCCAGUUUCGAAGCCCUCGUCAAGAUUCAACUCAGGUUUUGCGCAGAAGCCUACAGUCGCAUGGCACAAGUUCAACAAUACUUGGAUCCCGAUACUCGAGAUCAAUACGCUCGCGGCGAUUUGGACAAUCGGGUUGAGCAAGUGUUAUCGGAAAUCCGAGACUUGACCAUUGCUGGCACAGUCUAAGCAUUGACACACGAUAUCGCAUCCCACCUUGCCUUUAUACUCUUUUGCACCGUCCCCAACUCAUCACCACACACCCUGAACGAACACAAAAACGGCGCUAUCUACCUAUUGGUGGACGGAUUGGGUUGAACAGAAGUGCUUUUUCCAGCACAGCAUAGCGUUGGCGUUUUACAGGGAUUCAAGUAGAUACUAAUCAUCCUGCAAAACCAAUGGGAAUGGACAGGACCUUCCAUAAAAUCAAUCGAGCUUGAACUCAGU